CCGAGGUCGAGCACGAUUAGGUUUUCCGAGGCGGCCGUCCCACUCCGCUCCUGAGCUCCAGCCACAUUUCUGCGCCGCUGGCCCCGCCGUCGCACCGCGAAUCCGGAGGCGGUCGGCACCCCCAGCCUCACUCGCUCACCGCUAGAGGCACCCGCGCCAUCUGCCCUGCUUCUCACAAUGCCCGCUGUCGCAGGGCGGAGCCAGACGAUUUCGCGACCCCAGGCAGCCUAGACCCACGGGCCACUCCACGGCUCAUCAUCAUCACCUGAUCUCCCUCGCCGAGCUCUUUUGGCCAAGGGAGCACCAUGGACCUGUAUCUGAAUCCAAAUCCUGCUGAUGAUACUACUUUGGAGUUCAACCAAACUGAGCUGGACCGUGUCUAUGAGGAUGUGCGCCAUUACAUAGUGGGAGUGCCUAUGGAUCCCGUUGCCGCAGGGUUUAUUCUUGGUUCGACGAGGGUUCAUGAUGUCAUUGCCCUUCACUCCUCUGUGGUCACUGCGUUGCCUGAUGAGGUUCGGUAUGCUAAUGGUGUGGUAGCUGGUGUUGACAAGGUUGGACAAAUUAAUGGCGAUGUUACAAUUCUGUAUGCAAAGCGCAUGGGCAGUCCACUCCCACCAAUUGGAUUUGCAGAUCUCUCUCCCAAUGAAAAUGAAUGUGAAAAAGUGGUGACCUUGUUCCCAUACAAGGCCGGAACCGCAAUUUUCAAGGGACAUAUCGUGUUAAAAGAUUCCACAUCCAUGACGUCUGGGGUCGAUGCGGUGGUCUUGCAAGCAUCCGUAGGCACGUUUGCCUUUAGCUGCCCUUACGCCGCCGCUUACUCCACAAAGAACAUGUAUGAACUACUUGAGACGCAGGCUCUAACUGUUGGUGCAGCUGUAUUCAAUCUACAGGGCAGGGUCGUAGGUGUGCUGAGUGCAUGUGGUAUGACUUAUGAUGUGAAAUUGGCGAACAAGACAGGAUACCUGAGUGAUCUGUUUCUGAGACUCCAAAACAAUCAAGUGGAUGUGAACUGGCUGAAGGGGGAAGAUGUACGCUAUUAGGAGCGAGGGCGACUAAUAUCUGAAGAUGCUCGUUGCUUUGUUACUUAACUAUAUAGCUGUUGUUACAUCCUAGACUAGAGGUUUUUGGCGAGCAUCAUGAAUCACGCACCUUCAUUCCUGGUUGGUGGUAGUAUUUCUGAGGCGUAUCAGCUUGCUUGUGAGUUUCCUUAGCUUAGCACUGAAAGCACCAGACGGCUGUGUGGUGGUUGUCUCGUUGAUUGACUUUCUCAGUAGCAGGAUCCGGAUAUCGAUCUUUUUGCAUACCGAUGAUGAUUUGAAGCGAUUAA